UUACAUUGUUUGAUUCUCCGGAUUCAAAAGUAGUUGAGCUUUUGAUACAAUAAUAGUGAAACAAGACAUUUACCAUUGAAUUUAGAAUACUCUUAAUUCAAUGAGAUUUACUGAUACUUUACUGAAUUACAACAGAAGUACUAUAUAGAAUAAGAGUGACAUGAACUGAGCCAAUGUAGGCAACUGCAACUACAUUUUACAAUUGACUCAAAUGAGUCAAAUGUUAUAACCGGCAUAAAAGUAUUGUUUGCUUUGCAGUUUGUAUGUUCUGUGAUUAUGUUGUGAUGUAAUGUGAUAAGUAACAAUUUUAAAUACUUUUAAGUGAGGAUAAAUUAUUUUUAGAUCUAUUUUUAUAUUUAUUUUAAAGUAGUUUACAAUGAAUAGCAAUGAUUCAAAUGAGGAAAUGUUUCCCUUCAAUCCUGAAUAUUCAACACCAUUUGCUUAUAAUGAUCCAGUACUAGUUGAGGGGGUACUAGGAGCAGUACUAGAAUCAGAUUUGGGGAAACUAAUAAGUUUAGUGGAUAGUGGAAAAUCAUUGAAUAUAAAUGAUAAUAAUGGAAAUACUGCACUUCACUAUGCUGCCUGCAAAAACAAUAUGGAUAUAAUAAAAUACAUUCUUGAUCAAGACAACACCUUAAUCAAUACUAAAAAUGAAUUUGGAGAAACUCCACUUUCAGUUGCUUCAUUGAACGGCCGAUACGAAGCUGUCAAAAUGCUGAUCGAUUUUGGAGGCGAUGUAAAUAAUCAAGAAAAAGAUGGUACAGCGCCACUCCAUAAUACCGUAUCAUGUCCAAAACUGACGCAUCUGUUGCUAUCAAAUGGAGCCGAUGUGAACAUUCUAGAUUUUUUCAGCAACACUCCCCUACAUCUGGCAGUAGAAAAAGAAUCACUAGAAACGAUAUAUGUAUUAUUAUACUAUGGAGCAGACGUGAAUGCUAUAAACCAUUUUGGUUAUAACCCUUUUAUGAAGGCCUUGGCGAGCAGUAACAUUGAAAUCCAAGAAGUAUUAUUGGAUUACGUCGACGAUUUCAACACCACCAGUAAUUGGAGUACGUUGCACAUUGCGUUGAGAUACCGAAGUCCUUUUUAUGAAGAAAUCGUUAGGAGAGGAGCGAUCGUGGACAAUCAAGCCCUCAUAGCUUGUAUUGAUAUUCCCAAUAUUAAUCAUUUCAGAUUUGUUUGGAACAAUUUACAAAAAUUGGAGCUAGCUCCUAACGAAAAUGGGAUACUUUUGAAGUUAUUUACGUUGUGGAAUAGGAAUUUACUUUCUUCUUACGUCGAUAUAAUCCUCGAUUAUUCCAAUGGUGCAGUGUUACAAGCUCUAGCUAUGGAAACUUUUGGAUGCGACUAUCAUUAUAUUAUCUACGAGUACAAGGAUACGUUAUCUCUUGAUCAAAUAACCAAGUUAACUUUAUUGUUGCUAGGAUAUGGUAUGACUUUAAAUGCAGAUGUCAUAACGGCUAUAUUCAAUUGUUACGGACAAUGCAAACUAUUAGAAUAUUUGAUGUAUAUGGAUUUCGAUGGAAGUUGGCCCGAUUCUUCCAUAACUCCGAGGUUAAUAUUUGAUAUCGAAUAUGAUUUACAGAAAGUGCAUCAAGAAAUUAAAAGUAACCAGUGGUAUUGGAAUUCGAGAGAUUUACAAACGUUUAGGACUUUUUGGACUUACACGCCCAUUUUACAAUUCGCUAAAAUUGCAUUUGAAAAUACACUUACCAAGGAUUUUUUUCCGGGAGAUUCCUCUCUACCAAACGUACCUUCACUUCUCCAAUUGGCAAGAGAUGAAACUAGAAAAUGUAUAAUAAAUACGUUUAAAAUGAAAUGUAUGAGACAGUAUUAUACUUACGUCAAUUCUAUGGACAUAUCUACAACGUACAAAAGAAUUUUGAAGUAUGAAAGGACGUUGUAUUACAUUCCUUCGAAUGUAUUUUGCUAUAAGGAGAACUAAUAAAAUCACGCGUUUUAAUUAAUGUAUCAAAUAUGUAUUUACACAAAUGAAAAUUUCUUAAAUUUUUAAAAUUUACUGAAAUUAUAUUUGACAAGCUUCCUUUUGCUGAGCAAACUCUGCAGUGAUGGAUGGAAAUCCCUGUUUUUCCUACCCAUAAGCUGUUCUUGACUGGCUUUUUAACCACAAACUGCUCUUCUUAAACAUUGGUAACCACACAUAGUGAUCUGAGACGCCAUCUCGAUAUAAUAGGUAUCACAGUUGAACCGGAAUGCCGCUGGUGCUUGGAGAAUGAAGAAACUGUAAAUAAUGUCAUCGAUGAGUGCCCAACAAUAGUAUUUGGGAAAGACUCUGCGAUGAUGGAUGAAAACCCCUGGUAUGAGACAAACUAAGGUACACAUAGAUGCACCCUCUCCUACCAAUAAACUGCUUUUUUUAAACAUUGGUGACCACACAUAGUGACGUCGCUGGUCCUAGGAGAAUGAAGGAACUGUAAAUCAUGUCAUAGAUGAGUGGCCAUCACUGGUAUUUGGACAAUCCUCAAAGUUUGCCUAGUGACAAAGGGUUCAUGUCAAGGUGCCUGAGAAACUUUUUGAAACACAUCGUUUUUUGGUAGUUCAAAAAGUGGGGCACAAUGGUUAUAUGUAUGCAUCUAUUUCUUUUAUUGAUAAAAUUAUCGUAGAAAUAUUGAUAAUCAAUUUGGAAAAGUGGAUUUUUGUAUGAACCUUCCUUUUUUGGUUCUCAACAAAUCCCCAAAAAGUCUCCAUCAAUACAGUUUUUUUUUAACCUUGAAGGUUUCCCUUACAUUGUAAUCUGAUCAUUAUUGUGAUCAUUGAGCAAUUUUAUUCUUUCCUAAAUUGCUAUAUAUGUCUUGAAACUAAGGGUCUUAAUUAGUACAAGCUUUUUGAAUUUGAUUACAAUUAACACUAACACUAUUACGAGGGUGAAUCAAAUAUAAACGAGACUUUUGGACCUGCUCGCGCAAUAGUGAUGGAAGAACGUUCCGCUGUUAUUGGCUGUUAGGUUGGUUUGUCAGGAGUGGGGGAAGCACGUGACUCAUCAUCAUAGACUCGCUCAGUGUCCAUCGUUACGAUGUCCGAGCAGGAGGUACCUCCCUCUAUUGCGCAACGUAUUGUUAUAAAGUUUUUAGCUGCAGAAGGUGUAAAACCGGCCGAAAUCUUGAGAAGAUUGACUGCACAGUUCGGGGAAAAGACGCUGUCGCGAGCUAGAGUGUUUGCUUGGCAUAAACAGUUCGUGGAGGGCCGUGAACGUGUUGAAAAUGAGAGACAUGACCGCAGACCCCGCACCAGCAUUACAGCGGGCAACAUCGACAGUGUUCGUCAACUUGUUGAAGGUGAUAGGCGUCUAACAACUUCGGAUAUUGCAAUUAAGGUUGGAAUAAGUUAUGGGAGCACUUACUCUAUACUCUCAGAGGAGCUAGGGUAUCGCAAGGUGUGUGCCAGGUGGGUUCCUCGUCUUCUGACAGUUGACCAGAAACUGAAUCGUUUUCUUUCUCACAUUGUCACCUGUGAUGAAACGUGGGUGCAUCACUACACCCCUGAGUCGAAACAAGCGAGUAUGGAGUGGAGGAAGAAAGGAGAAACCGGACCAGUGAAAGCCAAGUCACGAUUAUCGGCUGGCAAGGUUUUGGCUACCGUUUUUUUUGACCAGUGUGGCCUGCUGCACCUUGAUUUUUUGCAUGAGCGCAGAACAAUUAAUGCGGCGUACUACUGCAAAAUUUUGACUGAGGUCAGACUUGCAUAUCGCCGCAAAAGACGACACCUUCCAAUGAGAAAAGUGAUUCUCCUCCAUGACAAUGCUCGCCCCCAUACGGCAGCCCUGACAGUACAAAAAUUAGAGCAACUGGGUUGGGAGACACUGGAACACCCUCCAUACAGUCCAGACCUGUCUCCCUGCGACUUCCAUGUCUUUGGUUCUCUCAAGGAAGCUUUGGGAGGGCAAAAAUUCCACAGCGAUAUUGAGGUUGAAGCAUAUGUGCGCAAUUGGCUACAAACACGACCUGACUCUUUUUACCUGGAAGGAAUUAAAAAAUUACCUAUACGCUGGGAAAAAAGUGUUUCUAAAUCAGGAGAUUGUGUAGAAAAAUAAACUAUGAUUGUUUGUGCGUUUAAAAUCAAAAUAAAUAUUUUAAAAAAUAA